AUGAAGCUCUUCCACGGGCUACGUAAGUUUCUCAUGAGGCUCAUCGAUCUCACUAUCCCUUCCUCCUCUCACCGGCGUAAGACCUCCGCUGGUCAUUCCCGCGACAGAGAGAGGUUUGAUCCGCCUAAGAUUUCUUGUAGUAGUUCUUACUAUUCGUCUCAAGUACACUACAGUGAAGCUAUCGCAGAUUGCAUAGAGUUCUUCAACAAGUCGUCGGCUAUGUCUUGUGAUGGAAAUCAUCAUGAAGCUCGUCAUGUAGAUCAUGACUGCUUUUACGUUUAGUGAUCAACAUCUCAACACUCAAAACUCACUCUCUUCUAUUUCUACCUUUUGCUUGAACAUUUGA